UAUAUAUCUGUGGCAUCAAUACUAAAUAGAACCAGGCAACCAGAUGAUGAUUUUCCUACUUUAAUAAAAAUAAACAAGAGUAGAAAAAUGUCUAACAUCGCAAAAUUCCUGGCCCUUGAUAAAGUGGCGACCUUUUUCAACAUUAUUAAACAAAAUGGUGGAAUACGUGGAUCCCUGUUUAAGCUAUAUAGGCAAGAUGAGCUUAAGGAUGGUACACUUGUAGGUGAAGAUAAAUUUGGUAAUAAAUACUUUGAAAAUCCUCGGUAUUUUUACGGAAGAAAUCGCUGGGUAGAGUAUUCCGACAAAUUUCACAUGAACUAUGAUGGAAGUCAGGUUCCUGCUGAGUGGUAUGGUUGGCUUCAUUACAAGACAGAUCUUCCACCUCAUUUGGACCCAAACAGACCCAAAUACAAGUGGAUGAAAGAUUGGAAUGAGAAUUUAUCUGGUACCACUGGACAAUACACACCCUACAGCACAACUAGACCAAAAAUUGAAGCGUGGGAACCAAAGUCUAAGUCAACUGUCUAAUAUCAAACUUAAUGAAAUCAGCAACCUCUUGUUAUUCUACAACAUUCAAUUUAAUACUUUUGUUUAGCUAUCUGAAAACUUUAGUUUAAGUAGUAAAUGAAAUAAAGAUGUAAAUGUAAAUACAA